AUGCAUCAAUUUAAAAAGAAAUUACAAACUAUAAUUAAUGAUAAACUUGGAUAUUUUGGAGAUCACAGCAGCUUGAGUGGAGUCAGCUAUGUGUUCUCCAGAUCUCCUAUUCCUUGGUUUAAAAGGUGUUUUUGGUUUUCUACAUUGACUGCUUGCUGCUUCGGCUCAUACACUGUUCUCAAGGAAUCCCUAAGUCUUUACAUAGAAGAUGCUGUCAACUAUUCAGUGGAAACCAACUAUCUGGAGUGGAACACUCCAUUUCCAGCGAUAACUCUUUGCGAGUAUGCUGACACUGAUCGGGUGAAGGAGUAUAUUGUGACGAACAACAUAUCGGCCUCCUUAACAGUAUUCCUGAAGGACGUGGUGUUCUGGAACGCAAAGUUCUGCAAGAGCUGCCACACUUGCAAAAUAAACCAGACGUGUGUGAACAACUUCAGUCAGUUGGUCGACAGUAUUCGGUGGAACUGCUCCCAAAUGCUGAAGGACUGUUGGUGGAAUGACGUUUAUUUUGCUUGUUGUGACAGGUUCCACCCGAUACAGACGGAGUACGGAGUGUGUUUCGCAUUCAACUCUCGUCUCACCGACACCACUGAGAAUAUACAAGUUAAUAGAAAAAUUGGCCUGCCCAGCUUAGUGUUUACAGCUGUCCAGCCUUUAUCUAUUAAAAUCCACUCGCCAGAUGAAAUAGUAUCGGUAGCCAUGGAGAACACAUUGACUCACUGCGGCGUCUUGCCUCUUGUGAGCGACUUCGAAGCCAUACUGAAGGCAGAAGAAACAAUAAACGACCCGUCAGUGCAGUCCAUACCCGCUCGGAGCAGAGACUGCCUGUUCAGCCACGAAAGACCAGAUUUUGCUGACAACUGGCCAUUCUCAAAAUAUUCUUAUAGUGCGUGUGCAUUGUACCGUAGGGCACAGACGCAAAUCGAUGUUUGCAAUUGCACGCAUCACUUCAUGCCGACAAUCGGUGAUUAUCCGUUGUGUAACAUCAGUGGACUUGCUUGUCUUCACAAGAACAGGGAGCUGCUAGCUGUGGAGGGAACCGCAUGCCCCAUGGAGUGUGAUAGUAUUGUAUAUACCGCCAGCCAUGUAUCGUGUUCCCGUCACACGGGCAAGUUACCGGGACAUCUGUCACAGCGCGGCACUCGUGGACUGGUGAAAUUGGGCCAGCUGCCUUCGUUAAGAGUACGCAGGCAUGCAAUCAGGGACAUGUUGGGACUUGUUGUGGACUUCGGCGGGGUGGUGGGUGUUUUCUUCGGAGCAUCAUUGCUAAGCAUUAUAGAAAUAAUUUAUCUACUUUUCAUUCGGAGGAACAACUGAACAUAUAGAAAAAGAUUACUCUGAGCGCUGUAACGAAACCUUCUGCGCGCUACCGUGCGAGGGCGCGGCUCCUCCUCCAGUGUGCCCCGUCAACACCCCCCAGUGCAAAUCCGGCUGCGCCUGCAUCCACGACUGCGACAACAACAGGAUCGUCUGCUUCAUGACCAAGCACUGCUUGGAGAUCAGAAGGUUCUUCACCAAGCUCAGGAAAAUUCUUCCCAGUACUGAAAUGUAAAAAUAAUUAUCUGACGACAGUGGCGUAACUAUGCCGUUGAGGCCUUUAUCGGAUUGGACCUUUUUUUACGAAAUCCAUGUAAGAUAUUUCCUCAGUGCCGGGACAGGAGCGACUCGAAAGGUGGGCAAAUACCGGCGCAUUUGUGUCGACUAGCGAGUAGUAGUUAUUUCUCGUCAGUUGUCAUUUUUUUGGACCCUAUUGCGUUUUAUUGUGCGAGUAUAAAAAAGACUAUCCUAGGCAAUCAGGCGUAUGAAAGAAUUAACAUCCGUCAGCAGUCAGGAUCUGCUGGUCCUCGUGGACCUCUCUAGUUGCUAAUUGAGGCUCCCGUGCAUUUUAUCCGUCCUGCCACCGUAUGAUUACGUCACUGUCUAACAAUGAUUCGUAAAUUAUAAUAAAAUAUUUUAAUAUUGUAUUUCAAAACAAAGAACAAAAGGCUAUCAAUAUUUGCUUGAAAACGCGUGUAGGGAUUGUUUAUUGUUAGAAACUAUCGUAAAUAUUAUAGUUGCUUCCAAGAAACUGUAUAGUUUCGCGAGUGUUAAAUUUACUGUACUUUCAUGUAACUUCAAAAUUACAAAUACACAUUUUUGGGUGA